UCACGUUUGGUGGAAGAGCACAUGGGGACACGUGUAACUCAAUUCCCUUACCUCCACGCGCCGUCGUCACACAUGGCGGAGCAGUUAGUGAAUCAGUUUGUCUCCUCCGUGAUCUCAAAGUCGACACAUUUGAAUCAUUUGAAGCAAGUUCAGUCCUUUCUGAUAGUUUCUGAACUAAAUCAUUCACCUUUCCUCUGUUUCAAGCUUCUUCGUUUUUGUACUCUUCGUCUCUGUAAUCUCUCUUACGCUCGUUUUAUCUUUGAUCGUUUCUCUUACCCCAAUACGCAUCUCUACGCCGCCGUUUUAACAGCUUACUCUUCUUCUCUCCCGCUUCAUGCUUACUCAGCUUUCUCCUUCUUUCGUCUUAUGGUUACUCGGUCUUAUCCUCGUCCUAAUCACUUCAUCUACCCACUUGUUCUAAAGUCUACACCACAUCUCUCCUCUGCUUUUUCAACUCCUUUGGUUCAUGCCCACUUGUUUAAAUCCGGGUUUCAUCUCUAUGUUGUUGUUCAAACUGCUCUUCUUCACUCCUACGCUUCCUCUGUUUCUCAUAUAACUCUUGCGAGACAACUGUUCGACGAAAUGUCUGAGAGAAACGUUGUGUCUUGGACUGCUAUGCUUUCUGGGUAUGCUAGGUCCGGUGAUAUCUCUAAUGCUGUUGCUCUCUUUGAAGAUAUGCCUGAGCGUGAUGUUCCUUCCUGGAACGCUAUUCUUGCUGCUUGUACUCAGAAUGGUCUUUUUGUUGAAGCGAUAUCUCUAUUUAGAAGGAUGAUCAAUGAGCCUAAUGCUCGUCCUAAUGAGGUAACCUUAGUGUGUGUCCUCUCCGCUUGUGCUCAAACUGGUACGCUUCAGCUGGCUAAAGGGAUUCAUGCUUUCGCAUACCGUUGGGGUCUUUCUUCAGAUGUAUUUGUUUUGAAUUCUUUGGUCGAUUUGUAUGGUAAAUGUGGUCACUUGGAGGAAGCAAGCUCUGUUUUUAAUAUGAAACCAAAGAAAAGUUUAACAGCUUGGAACUCUAUGAUCAAUUGCUUUGCCCUCCAUGGUAGAAGCGAAGAAGCCAUAGCAGUGUUUGAAGAAAUGAUGAAGGUUAACAGUUACGAUAUCAGACCAGAUCACAUUACUUUUAUCGGUCUUCUCAACGCAUGUACCCAUGGGGGUUUGGUUUCGAAAGGCCGUGCUUAUUUCGAUCUCAUGACAAAAAGAUUCGGUAUUGAGCCACGGAUUGAGCACUAUGGAUGCCUAUUAGAUCUUCUAGGCAGGGCUGGUCGGUUCAAUGAGGCUUUGGAAGCUAUGUCCACAAUGAAAAUGAAAGCGGAUGAGGCAAUUUGGGGCUCUUUGCUCAAUGCUUGUAAGAAAUAUGGUCAUUUGGAUUUGGCUGAAGUUGCUUUAAAAAAUCUGGUUGCUCUGAAUCCUAACAAUGGAGGUUACUUCGCUAUGAUGGCAAAUUUAUAUGUAGAAAUGGGUAAAUGGGAAGAGGCACGCGAAGCUAGAAAAAGGAUCAAGCACCAAAAUGCUUAUAAAACCCCAGGAUGUAGUUGGAUUGAGAUUGAUAACGAAGUCCAUCAGUUCUAUUCUCUUGACAAAUCGCAUCCGAAGAACAUAGAGAUAUAUGAGAUACUUGACAGUCUGAUCUCUUUCUGACACUUUUUGGAAGGUCUUAGAUUCUCCGUAUGACUUGACAAAGCUGCAGCCUGCAUUCUAAUAGCAAGCUUCGUGCAUAUAUACUGGAUAUAAGGCUGGAAAGAAACAAGGAUGCCAGAAAUGUUUCUGAUACCCGAAAGCUGCUACGGUAAUGUUAUGUGUACUCUUUUGUUGUGGUGUAAGAAGAGGAACUGUUACGUGACAUUCCAGCAAGAAAUAUGUUGCUUAUGAAGAAAGUCCAUGGAGGAUUAAACAUGGCGAGAGGGGGAAUUACAUAUGCUAAGCAUUGAUUACACAGAUUUUACAGACAUCAAACACGAUCCUGGAUUCAACAUGAGUUCGUUGACACGACUAAGCAGAACUGAGUUUGCCAG